AUGAUGACUGGCAGCAACACCACCAUCGGCAUGAAUCAUAUCGGAGCCUCCCAGCGCAAGGGGACUCGGCCUCCCCACCUUGAUAUUAUGAUUCGUGACGCACACAUCGCCCAACUACAGAUCGAGGUCUUCCUACGUAGGAAUGCUGCCAUAGCCGCGGCAUCCAAGAUCAAGAAUCUUGAAGACCUCAAAGACAUUGACCAGAAUGAAAUUAUUCAACUCCAAGUUCGCUUGGAUGAGACGCGGACUUACUAUCAUCGCCGAAACCAGUCACUCGAGGAAGAAAACCACCGCUUGAGGACGCAAAACGGCCGGGAAGAAGAAGACAAGGCUAAUGGUCUUGUCUGUUCUUGCGCCACAACCGCCGAGGGCAAGGGUCGUGCUUCGUCAUUUUUGAACAAGACGAUCGAUUCCAAGGCGUGCACCUGGAGGAGCCCCGACCCAAUUAACGUCGACGACAUGAUUGAAACCUGGGUCCUCUCUGGCUCAGACAGCGGAUCCGAAGGAUACGACUCGGAUAGUAGCUGGACUCACAUCACGCUCUAG